AUGGGCAACUCUGAUGCCGCAUGCGAUGUCGGGGGUCUGACCUACUUUCGCACCAGUGCACUUAUUGUACAGUUCUCUUCGUCUCGUUUCUCGUCAGAUUUUCCCUGUGUCCUACGGCACCCGCUCGAUCCAAAUAGUCGUAGCUUUGAUAUUUCUUCCCAUUUUCUCCAGACUCCAUUUGUCUUUUGCGGAAAUCUUUGGCCAGUGAAGAUGCGUCCGAAUUUUAUAGAUAAGUUCCGGUUCCGUUUCUUCUUCAUUUCUCUUUAG